AUGAGUUACCUCCUGGACGACAAGAAAAUUCUCCUCAAGGAACUGCUCAUUCGGAAUGAGGACAUAAAGAGGGAGAAUGAAAACAUCGAGCUGGAGAACCGAGCUUUUUUAAAACUGAUUGAAAGUUACGAAGAGGAGACGAAGCUGCUCAAAGUACUGCCCUACAUUCACCACGUGUGCACAAGUCUGUAUGCCGUGGAGGAUGAAAUAAACUUCAGCCUAACACGACAUGAGUUUGCAUCUCACUUGAAUAAGCUCCUUGAUAAGGCGAUAGAAAAAUGUAAAAAUGAUUUAAAAAAUAUAUUAACAAAGGCCGAGGUAGAUGAUGGGGGGUCUCCUAGUACUCUUUUGUCUGGGCAGCAUGUAACGAAAGAUAAACUCACAAACAGGGUGUACAACCUUGGCGUGGAUGACAUGGUUUGUGUUUCACGGGGGGGUAAUGGAAGCGACACGUUAGUGCGGGAGGGAUCUGAGGGGAAGGACCCACCAGGGGGGGCAACAACGGAGGAGGAGAAAGACCAAACAGCGGAAGAGUCCCCCGCAUCGCCCUGCCAGACGAACGAGAAAAACAUUUGUCUUCACUGGCAGAGGGAGGAGUCCACGAACGAAUUUUACUCCAUUCAGUCGUUCGAGGCGCAUGAGGACAUGCAGAGGAGUCACCUGAACCUGGCCGAGAAGCAGCAGCUGACGAUGAACGAGAUACAAAAGUUAAAAGGACAGAUAAAAAAAAAUACCAUUUAUUACGACAAUGCAAAAACGGUGAUCAGCUCGAUGAUCACUCAGUGUAAAAUUCUUCUCUUCGAGCUAGACGAAGAUAUAAAAAGUUAUAACACAUGGAGGGACAGAAUGAAAAGUGAUACAUACAUAAUGAAACGGAAGCAUUGUUUAAGUGAAUUUUUUAAUGAGCUCGUUCAGAAGCAUCGAGGCAAAGUUGGGGAAGCCAAAAAGACAAACAGCACUCUUCUAAAUCUGUAUAAGAAAAAGUUUGCUCAUAUGAAUUAUAUAAUCACCAUUAAUGAAAAUAUUGACAGCGUUGACUUCAGGUACCUGCAUGUGCUCAUUCACAAUCUGAAGCUGCACUACGACAGGCUCAUGCGGGAACACGAGGACAGCUACUCCUGCCUAAGGAAGCUCCUGAACGAACUAAGACAGACGCACAAUACAAUUGAAGAACACGAGGGGAGGAAAAAAGAAAUGCAGACCAUCAUUGAAAAGAACAACAGCACGCUGAACGACAUGAACAAAAUGAUAAUCGACCUGACCAACAAGAUUGACUCGACUAACAGCGUGUCGAAUAAAAUGAACCAGUACGAGCACGUCGGCGCCAUGGGCAGCAACUCCGUCCUGCAGUGCAUCCAGCUGAACAAAGACAUCCACAAUGUGCAGAAAAAAAUAAAGUCUUACGAAAGAAAAAUUGACAUUAUAGAAAAUGUAAAGGUUAAGUCGAAGGAUGGGAAGAGGGAUGGGACAAAAGGUUAA